GCUCUUCAUAAACAUUGUACUCCUAAUCAAAACAAACAGCUGUCAAACUACUGCAGCAGUUGACGUGUUCAACUGUCAAACAUUAAAGAAUUUCCAAUAAAAAAAUUAUCAGCCACAACACCAUGGACGGUUUUAUGAUGGACAUCAUCAAGGGUAUGUGUAUAAUGGACAAUGAUGGUAAUCGCAUAUUGGCGAAAUACUAUGACAAGAACAUCUUGGCCACCGUCAAAGAGCAAAAAGCCUUCGAAAAGAAUCUCUUCAAUAAAACUCAUCGUUCCAAUACGGAAAUAAUCAUGUUGGAUGGCCUCACAUGUGUCUACAAAUCGAAUGUGGAUCUUUUUUUCUAUGUGAUGGGUAAUGCCUACGAGAAUGAGUUGAUUCUGUUGUCAGUGCUGAAUUGUCUGUACGAUUCCAUCAGCUUGAUACUGAAGAAAAAUGUUGAGAAACGUUUGGUUUUAGAUAAUUUAGAGAUUAUUAUGUUGGCAUUCGAUGAGAUCUGUGAUGGAGGCAUAAUUUUGGAUGCCGAUCCUUCGUCUGUUGUCAAAAGAGUCGACUUGCGUAAUGACGACAUUCCCAUUGCCGAACAGACUGUGGCCCAGGUCCUACAAUCGGCCCGUGAACAGUUAAAAUGGUCUAUACUUAAGUGAAAAAUUGUUAUAUUUAAACAAACAAAAAAACAAACAAGUAUUUCUUUUAAGUUUUAAAUUCAAUCAAUCCAUUUUUAUAGAGAAAAGCAAACAGAGAGUUGUAUUUUUGUGUUUCUAGCAAAAGACAACCAGCACAUACAUUCGAUUUUUUUUUAUAUAAAUAUAGAGAAAGAAAAUAAAAAAAUAUUCAUGUAAUGAAAUUAUAUUAAAUAAAGUAAAUGUGUAUGUAUAAAAAUUACUAUUUUAAUAAAUUAUAAUGUACUAACAAAAA